AUGACAGACACCCCAGGAAUUUUUCAACCAACAACAAAAAGCCCCUCAUGCACCCUCUGCCGCAAAAGAAAGGUAAAAUGUGACCGCAAACACCCCUGCUCAAACUGUCUCAAAUCAAACGCGGAAUGCAUCGUUCGCGAAUCUAUACCGGCUCGUCAUCACAAACGACGGGCUGAGUAUGCGUUGUUGUCAAGGUUGAGACAUUAUGAGAAUGUUUUACGGCGGUAUGGGAUUGAUCCUGGUGUUAUUGAGAGCGAAGAGGUAGCUGGGGUUGAUGUUGAUGGUGGUGGCGGGGAUGGGAUGCAGCGUGGGAUGAGUAGGCUCAAAGUUUCAGAGGCUAAUGUUAGGUCGAAUACGGUCAAUGGGCCGGGGCCGAUGCAGCCUCUUAGAGGACAGUUUGUGGCGAGGGGAGGGAAGACGCUUUAUUUAGAGAAGUCUAUCUAUAGUGAUGUUUGGGGUACUCUGGGAAACGAGCUCGAGGAUUCAGAUUAUAUACCAGAUGAGAGUGAUACUGAAAGUGCAAACCCAUCUCCAAAGCCUGAAAACGAAUCAUAUCCCCUUGACAACGGAUACGAUAUAUUAUUCUCUGUAUCAUCGAGCGAUACUUUAACCAGUCUUCACCCUAAUCCAGUCCAGAUCUUCAAAUUAUGGCAAAUCUUUCUGGAAAAUGUCAAUCCACUUACGAAGAUUAUCCAUGCGCCUUCCCUACAGCAACAAAUGCUCAACGCGAUAGGUGAUUUGGGCUCCAUGGGAAAAGGGAUGGAGGCUCUAUUGUUCUCGAUUUACAGCUGCGCUUUGCUAUCAAUGACGGAUGAGGAGAUGCAGAAAGAGUUUGGUCAGGAUAAAGGCCUGCUGCAGACUCGAUUCCGUACAGCGACGCAGAAAGCGUUGGCUAAUGCGGGAUUGUUGAAGACUACAGAUUUGGUGUUGUUACAGGCUUUUUGUUUCUAUCUCGUUUCUUGUCGGUCAACAUACGACCAAAGAACAGUAUGGUGUCUAAGCGGCACCGCGAUCAGAAUCGCACAGCAAAUGGGUCUCCAUCGAGAUGGCUCCCAAUUAGGACUUUCAGUCUUUGAGACCGAAAUGAGACGUCGUGUAUGGUGGCACAUCAUUUACAUGGACAGGUCCAUUGCUCGAUCAUUCGGAUUUGUGUCUGCACCCUUACCCGCGUACGACACUCAUUUCCCCUUGAACGUUAACGACAGUGAGCUUCAUCCCAAUAUGAGAGAGCCACCGGUUGAGCGGGAUGAUGUUGGCACAGAUAUGAUAUUUUGCCAGUUACGGCAGGAACUUAGUAAAUGGCACCAGGGUCAACCUCAAUUCGUUGAGUCUAUGUUUCCUGGGAAGACGACGGUUCAGACACCUUUGCGGACUGAUGAGGAGGUUCGAGAUGAGAAAGCUCAACGCAGACAGAAAGCGGUUGAUGAUUUUAGGAAUAUUGUUCAAGAGAAAGUGGUCCGAUUUUGUGAUCCGUCUAUCCCUCUACACAUUCUUGUCAGCGGUUCGGCAUAUACAAUCAUCUCCGUGAUCCAGUUAGUCGUGAGCCGUCCAUUUCAUCUCUGGGUACCAGAUCUGAAACUCCCACCGCUAUCACAGGCCGAAAACGAUGAAUUAUUCGUGACAUGCUUGGACUUGAUAAGGCAUAACGAACAACUACGCAAUAGCGAGGUUCUGACGCGAUUCCGAUGGCAUCUGGAUUGGCAUAUCCCCUGGCCUAUAUUAUUGUAUAUCAUCUCAGAACUGUCAAAGAGGUCGAUUGUAUUGGAAGAUACGCGACAAGCAUGGCAAUGUCUUGAUGAUUUAUUCCUACCAUAUCUGGGACGACUUGGACCUGAGGCUCGGGGACCAUUGCACAUCGUCUGUUUGAGACUUGCUGCCAAAGCGUGGAAUGUUAAUGUUUUGGAAUGUCGGCGCUUGGGAAUACAGACUCCUCCGUCUCCGAGGAUGGUGGAGUUCUUGAACAAGUACUCUUAUUCUGCUUCGAAGGGUAGGAAGGGUACACCAGGUCGAGAAGAUCUGGGAUUGACUGUUACAACCAGUCAACAAGAACAGCAGCGUCAGUCGGAACAGUUAUAUGACUACUCGACGACAAACCCGGAUUUCGCGCAACAUGACUCCCUCCCAGCUAAUACCGACACAGAUAACGCGCAGUUUCAUUUCAUGGGUACCGAAAACCUGGCCGAAAUCUUUGGCGAAGGCCAAGGGAUGCUGUCAAAUGACACAUUCAUAAUAAACUGGUCAGAUUGGGAUCCUUUUUUACAGGAUAUACCACCAUAUGGAGGGUCUAAUUUCUGA